AAGCUUUUGGGAAACCUCUUUUAAAGGGAGUAGAAUGGAAUUCCGUUUCUUGAAUCUAAUUUAUCGAUGCUGGUGAUUUUUCCAGGUACCUUCGAUCGUUAGUUCAGAACUUGUUAUUAAUUCAGCGCUUCAGGAAACCUAUUAUUGAACAUUCACCCAGGCAAGAACGGCUUAACUUCUGGUUAGAUAUAAUUUUUGAGGCAACAAAUGAAGUUACUAAUGGACUCAGAUUUCCAGUGCUGGUGAUAGAACCAACCAAAGUCUACCAGCCUUCAUAUGUCUCUAUAAACAGUGAAGCUGAGGAGAAGACGGUUUCUCUGUGGCAUGUCUCACCCACAGAAAUGAAACAAAUUCAUGAAUGGAAUUUUACACCUUCUUCCAUUAGGGGAAUAAGAGCUACCUCUUGCUGCCAUUCAACCAUCAACAGGGACGUGCAAAGGACCUGGGAUGAAUCAGACCCUGGAACCAAUCAUAUCCAAGUUUGAUGAGCGGUGUUGUUUUCUUUAUGUCCAUGAUAAUUCCGAUGACUUUCAAAUCUACUUUUCUACCGAAGACCAGUGUAAUAGGUUUUGCUCUUUGGUUAAAGAGAUGAUAAGCAACUCAGUGGGCAGUACAGUGGAGCUCGAGGGGGACACCGAUGGGGACACCUUAGAGUACGAGUAUGACCACGAUGCAAACGGCGAUAGGGUCGUGCUGGGGACAGGCACAUAUGGGAUCGUGUAUGCCGGAAGAGACCUGAGCAACCAAGUGCGAAUAGCCAUCAAGGAAAUCCCGGAGAGAGACAGCAGGUACUCUCAGCCUCUGCACGAGGAGAUAGCCCUGCACAAGUACCUCAAGCAUCGCAAUAUUGUUCAGUACCUGGGCUCUGUUUCGGAGGAUGGCUACAUUAAGAUAUUUAUGGAGCAGGUGCCUGGGGGAAGCCUUUCUGCUCUUUUGCAAUCAAAGUGGGGGCCAAUGAAGGAGCCCACCAUCAAGUUCUACACCAGGCAGAUCCUGGAAGGCCUGAAGUAUCUCCAUGAAAACCAGAUUGUGCACAGAGACAUAAAGGGUGAUAACGUUCUGGUGAAUACCUACAGCGGAGUGGUGAAGAUCUCUGAUUUUGGAACCUCCAAACGGCUUGCAGGAGUGAAUCCGUGCACCGAGACUUUUGCUGGCACUCUGCAGUACAUGGCACCUGAGAUUAUCGAUCAGGGACCUCGCGGGUACGGUGCCCCGGCAGAUAUCUGGUCCCUGGGCUGCACCAUUAUCGAGAUGGCCACCAGCAGGCCUCCGUUCCAUGAGCUCGGCGAACCGCAGGCAGCGAUGUUCAAAGUGGGGAUGUUUAAGAUCCACCCUGAGAUUCCAGAAGCCCUUUCAACAGAUGCCAGAGCCUUCAUUUUAUCCUGUUUUGAGCCUGCCCCCCACAAACGUGCCACCGCUGCUGAGCUGCUCAAAGAGGGUUUCUUAAGGCAGGUGAACAAGGGCAAGAAGAGCCGAAUCGCUUUCAAGCCGGCAGAGAGUACCUGGGGCACCACCCUAGCCCUGCCCACGUCCGGGGAGCCCCUGGGCAGCAGCAGCAGCGAGCACGGCUCUGUCUCCCCGGACUCUGAUGCCCAGCUGGAUACGUUCUUUGAGAGGGCUCGGGCACCCAAGCACCGGCUCAGCCACCUGCUCAGUGUUCCGGAUGAGAGCGCAGCCUCGUCCCCAGAGGACAGGGACCCAGGCCUCUUCCUGCUGCGCAAGGACAGCGAGCGCCGCGCCAUCCUGUACAAAAUUCUCUGGGAGGAGCAGAACCAGGUGGCUUCCAACCUGCAGGAGUGCGUGGCCCAGAGUUCCGAAGACUUGCAUCUCUCAGUCGGCCACAUCAAGCAAAUAAUUGGGAUCCUGAGGGACUUCAUCCGCUCCCCGGAACACAGAGUGAUGGCAUCCACGAUAUCAAAGCUAAAGGUGGACCUGGACUUUGACAGCUCGUCCAUCAAUCAGAUUCAUCUGGUACUGUUUGGAUUUCAGGAUGCUGUAAAUAAAAUUUUGAGGAACCACUUAAUUAGGCCUCACUGGAUGUUUGCGAUGGACAACAUCAUCCGUCGAGCGGUGCAGGCUGCAGUCACCAUUCUCAUCCCGGAGCUCCGCGCCCACUUUGAGCCUGCGUCAGAGUCCGACGGGGUGGAUAAGGACACGGACAAGGUCGAAGAGGACUAUCCCCCAGCAGACGGGCCCGGCCAUGAAGCGCACGUGGAGUUUGGAGGGAGCAGCCCCAGUCCCGCGGGUGCCCCCGGGGCCCAGCCCCAGCAGCUCCACCACCAGCACCUGAGCCUCGAGCUGGGCGAGCUCAGACAGGAGACCAACAGACUUUUGGAACACCUAGUUCAGAAAGAAAGAGAGUAUCAGAAUCUUCUGCGGCAAACCCUAGAGCAGAAAACUCAAGAAUUACAUCAUCUUCAGUUACAAUUCAAAUCUAAUGAUACUACAGAGAACCCAGCAUCCCCUCCUGGGUCUCAGGGGCAAAAAACUGAUCAAAAGCUCAUAGACUGGUUACAACUGCAAGGAGCAGAUGCAAGUACAAUAGAAAAGAUUGUUGAAGAGGGCUAUACCCUUUCUGAUAUUCUUAAUGACAUCACUAAGGAAGAUCUAAGACACCUUAGACUACGUGGUGGUCUCCUCUGCAGGCUCUGGACAGCAGUCUCCCAAUACCGAAGAAGGGCUCAGGGGUCCCCGGCCUCCCAAGAUGAGGCUGAACCAGUCGGCUAGGCCAGGGGACAGAGGGAGCCAAGAGCUGACAUCUUUGUUAAAACUUCUGUUAACACAAAUUCCACUGAGUUGACACAAGGAAGACCGCAUUAUUUAAGAAACUGAAGUUUUAAAGAAUUACUGAAAUGGGAUGGGUUUUGUUUUUUUUAAACCUGUUACUUAACAUGUUUUAAAGGUGAGUAGAACUUUAUGUACUGUGAGAACAGUGACUGAACUCUAUAAUUUUGACAUCCCAGAAUAUUGUGGAAUUCUUUAAAACGAAUUUCAAUGUUGCUUCAGUGGAAAACUCAGUACACCCGUGAAACAGGUGUUUAAAGUAACAGGGUGGGCUGGGCAUCACUGUUUUAGACCAUAGAUUACUAUAAACUGGCAUUGUACUUAAAAAGAUAAAAUUGAUAAGAAUAAGCCUUGUAUUUAAUGUUUGAUAUGAGUGUAAAUAUUAAGAAAAUAGCUUUGUAUUUAAUGUAUAAAUGAAGAAAACUAAGUUAUUUGGCCUCUGAAA